AUGGCGCCUCAGGCUCGUCACAUGUGUGAUCCGCAAACCAAGACUUGCUCCUCAGGGAUGGAUUCAGAUGCUGAUUCGGCGGGUGCCGCCUCUGCAAUUGAUCCUGGGAGGCCUUUGGUGCUUGUGACGAGGAAUGAUGUUGUGCAUCCGCAGUCGCAAGAAGAUUGGGAGGAGAAGAAGGAAGGUAUUCGGCACCUGUAUCUCGAGAGGAAUCUUCCGUUGAAGGAGAUCAGGCGAAUCAUGUAUGAAGAGCAUUCCUUCUCUGCUACAGAGAGAAUGUUCAAGAGACAGUUCCUCAAAUGGAAUUUCAGGAAGUACAACACACAGGGGCUCCGGAAUGACCAAUAUGAAGGCCAACCCGUAGAAAUGCCUCCCGGGAAGACUUGCAAGAGGCCCUCCCGAAGAGGCGUCAGCAGCAGAACCCCGGCACAACACCUUUCGAGGACCGGCCGCCCUCCUCUAGCCCUUGUAAAGACCAUGGCGCACGCGAACCUGACUGACCGGCGGACGCAAGAGCUAUUCGUCAACCUCAAUGACCUGAUCCAGGGCGGCUCCAGAAACCAUGCCGGGUGGGACCUCCAUCUGCGGUUCGACUUUCUGCCCUCCCCGGCCAUCCACCUCCUGGAAAUGUUCGAGCUCUUCAACCGGCUGCCUGCCACUCUAAACCGCCAGCGCGGGGCGGUACUGCGGCGCGCCUUCCUGAUCCUGGAGGACGUGAUCAUGCACGACCCCGUCGAGAUGUUCCGCACCGUCGUCCUGGACGCGCCCCACGUUAUCCCCAGCUUCGACAUCCUGUCCCCUUACCUCGUGCACUUCUACCGGCUGCUCUGCGUCAACAAGAGAGAGGGCGAGCCCAUCACGCAGCUGGUCAGGCUGAUGCAGCAGAUCAUGGCGGGCGCCUCGGAGAAGGAGCUCUUCUGGGGCAUCGGGCGGAUGCACGAACACUGCCUCAACUACUACGGGCACGUCCUCGGGCGGAAGAGCGAGCUCGACCAGCGGGACGGCGUGGACGUGCGAUGCGGCGAGCAAGGACCUGCGCAUCGGCACACGAUUGAGUGCUACAACGGGGUUCUGACGGACGCCAUCACGCAGUUCGGGCCGGCGGCGGACGAGGUGAUCACCGUGGAGCACAAUCAGGUCGUGGCGACGGCGUUUCUGGACGCUGAGUGGGACGGCUUCCGGGAGCUGUGCGGCAGGCACCUGGACAGGCUACAUGCUGCGGACGAGGGGCCUAUGGACCAGUGGAAGAGUAAAUCGCUGGAGCGGUAUGCCUGGGUUAAGUACAUCGCAUCCAAGCUGGCGGUCAAGCUCGGAGAUGUAGAGGCCGGGGUGGAGUGCCUAAAGGAGGCCAUCCGUGCCGCCGAAUACUUGGAGGCCCAGGAUAAUGCGUGGAGGGAGAGUGCUUCGUGUCAUGUCCUGAGGUACCAGAUCGAGUUGGAAGAUGUUCUGCGGAGGAUUGAUAGGCUGGAAGAGGCGAGGGAUGUACAGGCUACUAUCACCUCGUCAAAAUACCUGCGCGACUUGGUGCGGAGGGAUAUGGCUGAAAAUGAGGCCUAUAGAUAA